AUGGAUUACCCGUACCUUGGACAGCAUAACACCUUCGAUGCCUCGUGCGGGAUUCCGGGUAUGGAGACGGCACUCCAGAACUGCAACAUCCCCUGCAGCUACGGGGACUCGAACCCGUUCGGCCAGAUGGCCCAGGGGUACCGCUACAACGGCGUCCGGAGCUUCCCGCCCGGCCCGACCAUGGGAUCGGCUUCGUGCAGCAUGAUGGCUCGCCCGCGCGAUCAUACCCAACCGCCGGUUUUUCCUUCUGGUAAUGACGACACUUUCCGCCAUCCCCACGUACCGCCAAAUAAGGCGAACGGGGGAAGUUUAUUAGGUCUGUCGUAUAAGAUGUACCAGCACAGCCACGAGAACGGCAUCAGUCCGGAGAAGCGGAAGCAGCGGCGGAUACGCACGACGUUCACGAGCGCCCAACUGAAGGAGCUGGAGAAAGCGUUCUCGGAAACCCACUAUCCCGACAUCUACACACGAGAGGAGAUUGCUAUGAGGACGGACCUCACAGAGGCUAGAGUACAGGUCUGGUUCCAAAAUCGGAGGGCAAAGUUCCGCAAAAUGGAGCGCGCGAAACAACAACAACAGCCGAGUCAACCACAGAGCCCCGCGGUGAAACAGGAAAACAACAACAGCGCAAACAACAAUAACAGCACGAGCAACAACAAUAACAAUAACAAUACGAAGGACAAGCCGAAGUCCAUGGACGACAAUCGAGCAAAGUCGCCGCAAGAGAGUCAGAAGUGGCCCAGCCCAAUCAACAACGCAAAUAAAAUGACGUCAUCAAUGUUGGGGGUGCCGUCACUUCCUGGUCCGUAUUCGAGCAUACUUUCGUCCAAUGUAAAUGACUAUCAACAGAAUGUCAUGGACUCGAAAAUGCCACUUUCUUCUCCUAUGUUUUGAAGAUAUUUUUAAUGACUGAAUACAGCAUGUAAAUAUCGUCAUGUAAGAUUCAUGCAUUGUGCAAUAUAUUCAUCUUUUAUUUGGGUAUUUAUUUUUUAUAUGUGUCCGCAUACAAUAUUUACGAUCCGUUUGUGCUAGUUAAUGAGUUACGUUCUAAGGCAUUAUUUUAAUAUCAACCAUUUACGAACAUGUACUUUGAUUCCAAGGUACAAGGUUUUCAUAUAUACACGUGUAUACUGCGAGGAACUGUGGGACAAGAAACUUUCUACUACCGGAAUAGUAUCCAUUUUUUAUUAUUAUUAUUACUUGGCACAGAUCAAAUAGUUAUUGUAUUUAUUUAGCCGUUUAUAAUAUCUAUGUGGAUGCAUCAGUCAAAAACAAACAGACUACCAUUCAUUCACAAGUCAUCAAACUGUCUGUUUGUCGUUUAGAACAGGUUUUAUUUUGUUUGGUUAACUAGCCUGCCUUGAGUUUUUCAGAGUAAUUAAUUUGAAGUAAAAUUUAUAAAUACACAUGAUAAAGACAAAAUUAUAUGUAGUUUUUUUAUGUUCGCUUUUUAUUUCUAAUAAAAUUACGGAGAA